UGCUUAAGCAGCAACUGGUGUAGUUAGGACAGAGGUGCUCUAGGGUGUCCCUCGUGUGAGAGUAGAAGGACUGCCAGCUGCCCAUCAGACCUCCUCAACAGGUUCUGCAGCAGCAGCAGAACCCCAGUGUACAGGAACCCAGCCAGCGAGUGACAUGGCUGAGUGUACACCCCAGCCCUCUAGCUUCAAAGCUGCUGCUGCCAGACUCCCAUAACCCUUUGCGGCCCUCAAAGCCGCUGUGUUGACAUAUGCACAUGGUGCUAUGGUAUUAUCCUGCCUCCACCCCUGCUUUGUAUAGUGAAUUGUGUAGGCUAUCAAUUAAACAAUGGGAAAGGGACGGGGAAAUAAACUUUAGGUCAUGAAAUGGGAAGCCAGGAACAACUCUGUAUGUGUGUGUGUGUGUGUGUGUGUGUGUGUGUCCUGGGGUAUGGGCAGGAAGUCCCCUCUCUGUUCUUAAGGCCCCAAAUGCUGAAGUUUUAAACAGCUGCAGGAGAUAGUAAGAAGCUCUGGCUCCUUGUUCCUCCCUAUUAUCUGCCCGGUCUCUUGUCUGAAGCUCCUCAUGAAUAAGCAGAUUUCACAGGCAAGUUCAGUCUCUUGCCCUGCAGCGUGGACACAGCAGUCACGGGGGGUCUGGGGCAUUUCUCAGCAGUUUCCUGGCCGGGUGGUGAAAGCAAAAAUGUAGCCUAAUUGGUCCCUGGCUCUUUCUAGUGAAUGAAAGAGGUUUCUGUUUUAAGAAAUGAAGUGACUUAGCUGUUGAUUCACUGCCCACAGGGAGAUUUCUGAGCACAGGCUUCCUAGCCUCCGCAGAGAUUUGCAUAUGACUUCCACUUCCUGCUUCGGAGCCUGUUCUACAACUUACCUGGCCCUGGACAGGGCGAAGGAGGUCCAGAGCCACCGAGGUGGUGAGGUGGUGACAGAAGCAGAAAGCGUGACCACCCCCAGCCCAUCUGUCUGUCUGUCCCUGGUGGGUCUAAGGUGAGUGAUCCCGCCUCGUGUGAUUUCUUAACACUGACCCACUUUCUAACACACUGUUUUCUCCUUGCUGAAAUGUUCUCCCUGAUUUCCGUAGCCUUUCCGUCUCUUCCCACAUUUUAACCUGUUUUUAUGGGAGUCAGUGUGGGCUGAGGAAGUGAUAGUAAGUUUCUGCAGCAAGAGUGUGCUGCUGGAUUAAAGGUUUCAGACCACAAUGCUGAGUUUUAACUCUUUGAAGAGAGGAGGCCCACAUGCCGAAGUGAUUUCAGGCUGCUUGGGAACUGUUCUUUUGGGCUCGGUUCCCUGCAAGUUUUAAUCAAGAAUUGAAGUUCCCCUUUUCCAAGGAAGAACCCACCAUGGCAAAGUCUUAAGGACCUGGCUUGCAGCUCCGGGAUGUCAGCGACAGAGUAGGGAGGACAGCUCCCAAACUUUCUGUAUUCUGGUUUGAGGCAGAAGGGAAGAAGAUCCAGGCUUCCAGCUGAGCUCCGGGCUGGGUGUGAGCCUUCCCUGGCUCCGCUGCAGCUCUGCCCUCCUCAGACCUUUGCUGGCCCUCGACACAAGUGGAGAAAUGCUUUAUUCAUCUUACAAGCUGGUCUUGUGACAUCCAGGUUCAAGGUGGACUCUUCCAAUAGGUAGAUUUUGUUUUUUAAGUAAGAGAAAAUAGGCCAAGUAAUUUAAAAGAAGACAGGAAACUUGGAUCCAAGUUUUCGCUCUACUUUGUGUGGUUUGUCUCUUACACAAUUCACUUUGGCUCCCCUGGGCCUGAAUUUCUUCAUCAGUAAAGUGUGUGUAUUAGCAUGAUUAUUUCUAAAUUCCUUUCUAACCAAAGGAAGGUGGGCAGAGCCUUCAUGGGUGGUCUUAGAAGACUUGUUUUGCUUCCUGGUUAUUACCUAUAUAAAUUUUACCUUCUGCUUCUAGUUGGUAAGCUUCUGGAGGAAAAGGACUUUGUUUCUUCAUACUUUUCUAGGCGUCACAAUCUCCCGAUGCCUCAGUCUCUCCCACAUGAGCAUCUUUGAUUUGUGUUUCACUCAUCUGCUCUCUAGGUCAAAGGUAAAGUAGCAGCCAGGCUAAGAAGUGGGAAGAAGCUGGGUCUGCGGGAGGCUGCCUAGAACUGAGAUGUCAUUAUUGGUUCUAGCCAGACAGGAAGAAAUGGGGAGGUUCUUGAAUUAAUUCUUGUCCCAUUUGGGUUUCCCAGGAAGUAGCAACCACCCUAUGCAUUUGCUCACAGAGUCAAAGGACACUGGAGAACUGGCAGCUCAGUGUGCCAGAGAUCAGAGACUGACUGAGCUGGAGCAGGAAAUGUCUGUCUCCCACUGGGAGCAGUGUGUGGGGCCUUUAAUGGGAGGGGAAAGGAAACAGCAAAGCACAACCUCACACUGUUAGCCCAGUCUCAUUUUUAGACAGCAGAUUCAUGAAAUCUUUAACCUUUUCUAAACCACUGCUUUUUAAAAUUGUGUGACUGUUUCUUUGGGGCAGUUUCUCACUGUCAGUACAGUUCCAACAGGCUCUGGCUGAUUGGGACGGGCCAGUUCAGGGCUUUGGGGACUGCUGAAGUUUUGUGGACUAUCAAGGUCCUGGUAUGGUCUUUGUCAUGUUUUCUGAUGUUUCUGUCUAGUCCUCUGGGAUAAGAAGACUGGCAUGUCAUUGUGUUUCACCUGUGAAACUAGAAUGAUCCGAAGCAUUCCUGUGGAGGUUGAUGAAUCAGAACCAUACCCAAGCCAAUUGCUGAAGCCAAUCCCAGAAUAUUCUCUGGAAGAGGAAUCAGAACCACCUGCUCCAAAUAUAAGAAACAUGGCACCCAAUAACUUGUCUGAAUCUGACCCCCCUCACUGUGCCUCAGGAAACUUUUCUAAGGCUCACCCUCUCCUGAAACUUGCAAAUCACCAGUGGCCUGUGUCCCAGCAGGUGACCUGCCUACGAACUAAAGUCCUAGAGGAGAGUGAAGACAGUUUCUUCAGGAGGCACCCAGAUCCCGGCAAAGAUUUUCCUGUGGGCUCCUCUACCACCAGCCAGCCUGAGUCUGAGACUGUGGUUUCAACCCUCCCCCCAGAGCAUCAGUUUUCACUUAUGGAAAAACGUAAUCCAUGGCUGAGAUCUCAGCUUUCAGCAGCUUCUCCUGACACUGGCCAUGACUCAGAAAAAUCAGACCAAAGUUUACCUAAUGCCUCAGCAGACUCCUCAGGCAGUGGCCAAGAGACAGAGCCACAGCCACAGCUCCACAGGAACCGAGUAGCCCCAGAUCUGCCAACGAUAGAUACGGGAUAUGAUUCUCAGCCCCAGGAUGUCCUGGGCAUCAGGCAGCUGGAAAGGCCCCUGCCCCUCACCUCUGCGUGCUAUCCUCAGGACCUCCCUGGCCCACUUAGGUCCAGAGAGUUCCUGCAAUUUGAAGCUCAGAGGUAUCCAGCAUAUGUACAGAUGCUACCUCCCCAUCCUUCCCCACAUGCUCCAUGGAACUAUCACUACCGUUGUCCUGGAAGGCCCAAUCACCAGGUACCAUAUGACCAUGAUUACCCUGGAGCUGCCUACCAGCAAGUGAUUCAGCCAACUCUGCCUGGGCAGCCCCUCCCCAGAGGCCUCCACCCAGUGCAGACGGUCAUACCAAAUUAUCCCGGCCCCCAAAACCAAGUGGAGAGGCCUGCAGCGAGAGACCGUCCCUUCCCAGGGCUCCCACAGUACCAGGACCAGCUGCAUCAUCAGCCACCUAACGGGACUGGAGCUCCUGAGGGGGCCUCAGAACAUCUUGCACAGUUGGGAGCACAGGCUCCCCAGGCUCCGUCCCCAGCUGCUGUGCCGAGACCCCCUAGUAAUGCUCUAGCCCGAGGAACUCUAAAAGCAAGCAAUUUGCCAGAAGAACUGCGCAAAGUCUUCGUCACUUAUUCUAUGGACACAGCUAUGGAGGUGGUGAAAUUCGUGAACUUUUUGUUGGCAAAUGGUUUCCAAACGGCAAUUGACAUAUUUGAGGAUAGAAUCCGAGGCAUUGAUAUUAUUAAGUGGAUGGAGCGCUACCUUCGGGAUAAAACAGUAAUGAUAAUCGUAGCAAUCAGCCCCAAAUACAAACAGGAUGUGGAAGGCGCUGAGCCGCAGCUGGACGAGGAUGAGCACGGCUUACAUACUAAAUACAUUCAUCGAAUGAUGCAGAUUGAGUUCAUAAAACAAGGAAGCAUGAAUUUCAGAUUCAUCCCUGUGCUCUUCCCAAAUGCCAACAAGGAACAUGUGCCUACCUGGCUUCAGAACACUCACGUUUACAGCUGGCCCAGGGAUAAAAAAAAUAUCCUGCUGCGGCUGCUGAGAGAGGAAGAAUAUGUGGCUCCUCCCCGGGGGCCUCUGCCCACCCUUCAGGUGAUACCCUUGUGAUACCAGCCAGUCCCAGAUCACUGGGCUCACGUUCGCUUGGGACCCUGUUCUACAGCACUCUACAGGUUGAAGCUGGUUGGUGACAUGCACGGCUGCUUCUCCGCAUACUUCCUCUGUGGCACACUUGCCCUCAGUGACAGGCUGCUGUGCAUUCCUUGCUUUGCUGAAGGUGCCCAAGUCUGUCACAUGCCUCUGUACAGUCUGAUGUGUUCAUUCUUGGCCUCUCGAAGCUCAGUAAGUAGAUAAUGUAAUGGGGAUACAGCGACAAAUGUUAAAUGACCACAAACACUCCUGUUGCUACAGGGUACUUUCAUGAGUAAGCCAGAUGUAUGUAUGUCCUCAGACCAAACUGCUCCAUGUACAAAUAAUAAAAUGUUCACUCUUUCUUAA